GGGUUGUACUUCAUUUCCCAUGAGCCUCAGCGGCAUCUGUCCGUCACAUGACUCGUCGCAGGUUAACGUCACAUGUCAACAUGGCUGCUGCUCUUUCAAGUGAAGAUUUUAACAACUUGCAGCUUCUCCUGAAGGCUCCAUCCAAAGAUGCUGUCAGAGACGUUUGUGUUCAGAGUCAUAAAGGUCCAAGUCGGCAGCUGACUGAGAACAUGGCAUCUACACUCAGCAUCCCUGCAACCCAGGCAGCACAGCUGGUUCGAUCCCUCCAUGUUCUGUCCCAUCAUGUCAUCUUCCACAACCUCAGCUCUCCGGAGCAGAUCCUCGCCGUGUUCCCCGAGUCCUUCCACUCGAGUCUGAAGAACCUGAUCACCAAGAUCCUGCUGGAGAACAGUCCAACAUGGCGGACAGAAGCUGUCAGUGAUCAGGUGUCCCUCCCUCAGCUGAAGGACCUGAACUGGAGAGUGGACCUGGUGACCGGCUCAGACUCGAUCAGUCGGAUGUCGGUGCCGACCUGUUUGGUUCAGCUGAAGAUGGAGGAUCCGUGUCCGUCGGCAGGCGGUGAGUCUGUUUCCACGGUAACGGUGGAGCUCAGCAGAGAGUCUCUGGACACCAUCCUGGACGGACUGGGACGAAUCAGAGACCAGCUGUCUGUGGUCGCCGGGAAGUGAAGCUGAAUUUGACAGUGUGAUGAGUUUGGACCAACAGGAUUCUAAAGAGGGACUUCAGUCAUUAAAUCACCAGAACCAGAACCAGAACCCGUUUAUCUUCAUGUCGUCCAUCUUUAUUCACAGCCUCGGUGAAGCUGCUCCUCGCUGAUAUUUUGUGCCACUUUUUAUUGUUUCCUGGACGUUACAUAGCAACUAAUCCAUUCAAUGAUUGUAAUUUUAAUAACUGAUAUGAAAAUAUUUGUUUGUUUCAGCCUUAAAGCUCAUUAAAAAAUGAGAAAAAUAUGUUGUAAUCUUUUGUGUCUUAAUAUUUACUGUAUUUUUCUUGGUUUUUGUUGUGGCUGCACAUCAUCAGGCCAAUACAUGUAUAUAAUAUCUGGCAACAUGUUAUUAAUAUUUGUCAUAAUUUUAAAAUUUUGUAUGUUGAAUUAUUAAAUAUAAGACCUCCACAAAUUAAUGUCAAAAUAACUUUGGUGUCACAGAUAUUACACUUAUUUGUAAAAAAAUGUUUUCUUCUCUAAUAUGAAAAUAAACUUCGGAAAAAGUUA